AAUUAGGGCACAUACAUCUAAAAUCAGUUGUAACAGGAGUCUGUGCAACUAGUGACUGCCAGGACCCUACAGACUGAAGAGUGCAUCACUGGAUCCAGCCUCUUUCUAACAUCUAAUUGUUUUAAAUAUGCCAGAUGCUGCUGGUCACUUACCCUUCUAUUAUGGCAGUAUCUCUCGAGCUGAUGCUGAAGAGUUCCUCAAACUGGCUGGAAUGGUGGAUGGCAUGUUCUUGAUAAGGCAGUGCCUGCGAACUCUUGGAGGUUAUGUACUCUCUAUGGUCUUCAACUUACAAUUCUAUCAUUAUCCUGUGGAGCGACAGCUAAGUGGCACCUAUGCAAUAUUAGGAGGAAAGCCUCACUGUGGACCAGCUGAACUCUGUGAGUACUACUCUAAAGAUGCCGAUGGUUUGUGCUGCAUUCUCCGUCGACCAUGCAAUCGGCCAAGUGGGGUGGAAUGCCAACCUGGAAUAUUUGAUAAUAUACGAGACAAUAUGAUAAGAGAAUAUGUCAGACAGGCCUGGAAACUAGAGGGAGAUGCAUUGGAACAAGCUAUUAUAAGCCAAGCCCCACAGGUGGAAAAGCUCAUUGCUAGCAUUGCUCAUGAAAAGAUGACAUGGUACCAUAGCAACACAAGCAGAGAUGAGGCUGAGCGGAAGUUGUACUCUGGAGCGCAGCCAGAUGGUAAAUUCCUUAUUAGGGAGAGGAAAGAAUCAGGCACUUUUGCCCUCUCAGUAGUGUAUGGAAAAACCAUCUACCAUUAUAAGAUUGAACAUGACAAGUCUGGGAAAUAUUCAAUUCCUGAAGGCACUAAGUUUGAUGCUUUGUGGCAGCUAGUGGAAUAUCUAAAACUGAAAUGUGACGGGGUUAUAACUGCCCUAAGGGAGGCCUGUCCCAAUGGCAGCACAUCAGCUGGUAUAUGUUCUGCACCACCUUCACUUCCUAAAAAUAGACAAGCAUCAAAUCAUUGUGAUGGAUAUACCCCUGAACCUUCCCUCGGUGGUGAGAAAUCACGGAUCUUACCCAUGGAUACCAGUGUAUAUGACAGUCCAUACAGUGACCCUGAGGAAGUGAAAGAACGUAAAGUCUUUCUCAAAAGAGAGCUUCUUUUGAUUGAUGAAGUUGAGUUGGGUGCUGGAAACUUUGCAUUCGUUAAGAAAGGGGUCUACAAGAUGAAAAAGCGACAAAUUGAUGUGGCCAUCAAGAUACUGAAGAUGGAAAAUGAAAAUCAAGCAUUGGUGAAGGAUGAGAUGAUGAAGGAAGCAGAAAUCAUGCAUCAGCUGGACAAUCCAUACAUAGUCAGAAUGAUAGGGGUGUGCCAAGCAGAGUGCCUCAUGCUGGUCAUGGAAAUGGCAUCUGCUGGACCCCUUAACAAGUUCCUAUCAUCAAAGAAGGACGAGGUCCCAGUCAAUAAUAUUGUAGAGCUAAUGCACCAAGUGUCCUUGGGAAUGAAGUAUCUUGAAGAACAUAACUUUGUGCAUCGUGACUUGGCUGCUCGUAAUGUUCUCCUGGUGAAUCAACAUUAUGCAAAGAUCAGUGACUUUGGUCUGUCUAAGGCACUGGCACUAGACGAUAAUUACUAUAAGGCUCGAACAGGUGGCAAGUGGCCAUUGAAGUGGUAUGCUCCCGAGUGCAUACAAUAUAAAAAGUUUUCUUCCAGGAGUGAUGUGUGGAGCUAUGGUAUAACAAUGUGGGAAGCAUUCACCUAUGGACAGAAGCCCUACAAAAAACUCAAGAGUACAGAAGUCCUGGGUUUCAUUCAGAGGAAUGAGCGGUUGCCAUGUCCUACAGACUGUCCUAAAGAAAUGUAUGAGCUCAUGUUAGACUGCUGGACUUUCAAGAUGCAGGAUCGUCCAAGUUUUGAGAAUGUGGAAUCCCGUAUGAGAAUUUUCUACUACAGUGUUGCUGAAAAGACUGAAGGCGCUUCCUCUGCUUCAGCUAAUGAAAAUACAGAAGGCUGAGAAGAUACACUUGAGCAUGUUACAGCACAACAGAAUCUAGUAAAGCAGACUUUCCUCAAAAAUACUGCAGUUGCUUACAAAAAUGGAAACAAGCAAUAAAGUGUGUUUUUAGGACAGCAGAUAUAAAAAUGGCUUGUGGCAUGCUGACAAGUAAGAAUACAGCGUCUGUUGCUCUCACAUGAUAUAAUUACAGUAUAAUGAAUACAAUUAAAGUAUAUACAUUUUU